AGGAGACAGAGCAGCUCUGAAGGGAGCUACCCAGACACGGGAGUGUCCGAGAGAAGAAAAGCAAGUGAAGGGAAAGGAAGCGGAUGCCGCGGGCUCUUCCCUUCUCUCCGGCCAGCAGCAUGUUUCUCCUGGUCACAAGCCUUGUACUGUGUGAGUUGCUGCAGCCAGCAUUCCUCCUGAUCCUGGAGAAACCGGCCUCUAGCCUCAAUGUGAGGUUCGACGCCAGGACGAUGAAUUUAACCUGGGACUGCCAAGAAAACACAACCUUCAGCAGGUGUUUCCUAACUGACAAGAAGGGCAGAAUCGUGGAACCCAGGGUCACUAACAAACAAUGUUCGUGCACGUUUCGUGAAAUUUGUCUGCAUGGAGGGGUCACGUUUGAGGUUCACGUAAAUACCAGCCAGAGAGCAUUUCAAGAAAAACUGCUGUAUCCAAACUCAGGGAGGGAGGGCACCGCGGCCCAGAAUUUCUCCUGCUUCAUCUACAAUGUGGAUUUCAUGAACUGCACCUGGGUGAGGGGUCCCACGGCCCCCCGUGACGUCCAGUAUUUUCUGUACAUACAAAACUCAAAGACAGGACCUCUGGGGUUCAGGGGUGUAUCCUGCGCCCUCGUUCCAGAACGAUUUAACCCGCCCGGUAACGUCACUGUACGCUGCAACACGACGCACUGCCUGGUACGGUGGAAACAGCCCAGGACCUAUCAGAAGCUGUCGUACCUGGACUUUCAGUACCAGCUGGACGUCCACAGAAAGAAUACGCAGCCUGGCACUGAAAACCUACCGAUCAAUGUUUCUGGUGAUUUGGAAAAUAGAUACAACUUUCCAAGCUCUGAACCCAGGGCAAAACACGCUGUGAAGAUCAGAGCUGCAGACGUCCGCAUCCUGAACUGGAGUUCCUGGAGUGAAGCUGCUGAAUUUGGCUCCGACGACCGAAACCCCAGCUCUGUGCACAUUUACGUGCUCCUGAUCCUGGGAACCCUUGUCUGUGGCCUUCUCUUCGGCUUCCUCUUUAAAAGGUUCUUUAGGAUACAGAGACUGUUCCCGCCAGUCCCACAGAUCAAAGACAAACUGAAUGAUAACCAUGAAGUGGAAGACGAGGUAGGUAGAGGGCAGCUUCGCCACGGGUGUGGCUGGAAUCUGUACCCCGCUCCUGGGACUUCUCCCAGGUCGGGAUCAGGGUCUUCUCCUGGGUUGGAGUCAGGGUCCUCUCUGUGAGCUCCAUCAGGAGAAAUUGAGUCAGGCUGGUGGUCAACACAAGGAAGAGAAGAUGGUAGAGAUGAGCUGGGCGCA